AUGGCUCCCGCCAAAGACGACGACUUUGUCUUUACGCUAUCCGACGAGGAGGAUGUCCCCCGUUUCGACGAUGACGAUGACGAAGGAGAUGAGAUGAACGGCGCGGCCGAUGCGAGCGACAACAAGAAGCGCAAGCGUGAGGCUGAGACGUCGAAGGGAAAGAACAAGAAGUUGAAGCAGCAGAACAAGGACAAGAAGAAGGGCAAGGGCAAGGCUAACUCUGUUGAGGAAGAGGAAGAGGAAGAGGAGGAAGAGGCUGACGAGGUUCCCGCUGGUAACGAUGAUGGUGCUUUGAACCCCGACUUUGAGUUCGACGUUGCCGGACUCGCGAAUUCGGGCGUUACCGAAGGUUUCGAUGGAUGGGGUCUUGAUGAUUCCAAGCAAGAUGCUCCUGGCGGCGACAAGAAGGCCGUUGACAUUGACGACAUCAUCGAGCGGAGACAAGCCAAAAAGGAGGCUGCCGCUGCGAAGAAGCAGAAGAAGAAGGAAGCUGCGGAGCCUGUGUUCGAUGGCGUGGAAAGCGGCGACGAAGAUGGUGGUAUGGAGGUCGAUUUCGAAGACGAUGAAUUGAUGGCGGAUGAUGGCUUUGGUAUGGGUGCCGAUGGCGAGGAAGAGAGCGAAGCCGAGGGCCCUGAGCCUGGCUCUGGUCCUGAAGACGAGGAGGAGGAAAGCGACAAUGACGAAGAGGACGGCGAUGCAUCCGACAACGACUCCGUCGCUACCCCAGUUAACCACCCCGACGACGUAUCUGAUCGUGAGGAGGACUCUGAUGCAGAGAGUGAGGUUGACGAUGAGGAGGCAGCGAAGCGCAAAGCUUUCUUUGCCCCCGAAGAGAAGACCGACAGCAAGGAUGGGGAGAAGAGCACAUUCCAAGACUUCAACCUCUCUCGUCCUAUCCUCCGAGGUCUCGCCUCGGUUGGCUUCACAGACCCGACUCCUAUUCAGCGCAAGGCUAUCCCCGUGGCACUGCUGGGCAAGGAUAUCGUCGGUAGUGCCGUGACCGGUUCCGGCAAGACUGGUGCUUUCAUUGUUCCCAUCCUCGAACGUCUCCUCUUCCGUCCUCGCAAAACUCCUACCUCUCGUGUCGUUAUUCUGAUGCCCACUCGUGAGCUGGCGGUGCAAUGUUACAACGUCGCCGUCAAACUAGCCACCUUUACCGACGUCACCUUCUGUCAACUUAUCGGUGGUUUCAGUCUCCGUGAACAAGAGAACAUCCUUAAGAAACGACCCGAUGUCAUUAUCGCCACCCCCGGUCGUUUCAUUGAUCACAUGCGCAACUCCCCCAGCUUUACUGUCGAUACCCUUGAGAUUCUGGUUCUUGAUGAAGCCGAUCGUAUGCUUGAAGAUGGAUUCGCGGACGAGCUGAACGAAAUUUUGACUACUAUCCCCAAGUCUCGUCAAACCAUGCUUUUCUCCGCUACGAUGACUGAGAAGAUUGACUCGCUUAUCCGUGUUGGCAUGAACCGUCCUAUGCGACUGAUGGUGGAUGCGAAGAAGCAGACGGUCGUGACUUUGACUCAAGAAUUCGUCCGGUUACGUCCUGGUCGCGAGGACAAGCGUCUUGGUUAUCUAUUGUAUCUGUGCAAGGAAAUCUACACUGGUCGUGUGAUUGUGUUUUUCCGACAAAAGAAAGAGGCCCAUCGGGUCCGCAUCAUCUUUGCUCUUCUGGGCCUGAAGGCGGCCGAAUUACACGGUAGUCUGAGUCAAGAACAGCGUAUCAAAAGUGUUGAGAACUUCCGAGAUGGUAAAGUCGCCUAUUUGCUCGCGACCGAUGUCGCCUCUCGUGGUCUAGAUAUCAAGGGUGUGGAGACCGUUAUCAACUACGAAGCCCCGCAGAGCCAUGAAAUCUACCUGCAUCGUGUUGGUCGUACCGCUCGUGCCGGUCGCAUCGGUCGGGCGUGCACAAUCGCCGCCGAACCAGACCGCAAAGUUGUCAAGAUGGCCGUGAAGGCUGGCAAGGCUCAGGGUGCCAAGAUUGUUAGCCGUGUCGUCGAACUUGCGACCGCUGAUGAGUGGGCCCAAAAGGCUGUCGAUCUCGAGGAUGAGAUCGAAGAGGUCCUUCAGGAAGAGAAACUUGAGAAGCAGAUGACGCAGGCCGAGAUGCAAGUGAACAAGGGUGAUAACAUGAUGAAACACGGUGCGGAAAUCAUGUCCCGACCCAAGCGUACCUGGUUCGAGAGUGAGCAAGCAAAACGAAUGGCCAAGCAGGCAGGUGCCGAGGCCUUGAACGGGCCCAACGCUCAAUCUAAGAAGACUAAGCUUAGCAACAAGGAUAAGAAGCGAUUGGACGAUGCUCAAAUGCGCCAUGAUGGCAACAUUGGGUGGAAAAAGGGCAAGGCGGACCGAGAUGCGCCCCAGGGUAGAGGUGAUAAAAAGGGGAAGGGCAAGCCUAAGGGCAGUGAUGUGCCGCUAAAGACAAGUCUUCCUCGAAAGAGCGCCUUUUCAUGUGAAGCAUGCCGCAAGCGCAAGGUCAAGUGUAACGGAGUUUCUCCGUCGUGUUCAAGAUGCGCCGCCCGUGGAGAGGUGUGCGUCUACAGCUUGGCUCCGACCUUAUCAUAUACCAAACAACUUGAAACGAGGGUCGCGCAAUUGGAGGAUGCGCUGUCGAAGCUUCGAAAUCAAAAUGCUAAUUCGGAGGCCAGGAAGGUGAGCUCGCCGGCUUCGGUGGCGGAGUCGAGUUCCAGCGCUGGACGCAGGAUUAAGAUGGAGCAUGACGAGACGGGCGAACUUGCUAGGGAGUUUGAUGGAUUGAAUGUGGAAGAUGACGGUCGCAUUUCUUUUCAUGGUCCGACCAGUCUGUUUCAGCUGCCCAGCGGGGCUGUGAGUGAGACGGCGUCGACCUCGCAUUUCGCACAGGAGCUCGAGGCUCGCAAGGAGCGCUUAAUCAAUAAUGCAUGGCGAGAACGGGCGUUCGAGCAGAUGGCGACCAUGCCGGAACCUUUCCAAUACCUCAUCGACUCGCAUUGGUGCUGGAUCCAACCUUUGUUCAACUUUGUCUACCGACCAGCUUUUACCCGUGAUAUGAAAUUGAAUGGCCCAUAUUAUUCUGACGUUCUACUCAACGCUAUCUUAUCUCAUUCGGUGCGAUGGUGCAAAGAAGAACCUCAAGUCGGACCGCUUCUUGACGCCUUCGAUGGCGGAGCACAAUUUUAUCAACGUGCGCGAACUGGACUAUUCGCUACGCUCCAGAGCGGCUACGCAGAAAUUCCUACUAUUCAGACACUCCUCCUUCUUAGUGCACAGGAAUGUGGCCGUGGGAACCGAACACAAGCAUGGCUAUACAGUGGAAUGGCGUUCCGCUUGCUAGACGAUCUAGGUAUCUCAAUCGACAGCCGCAAAUAUCCUGGAACGGCUCAGUUGAGCGACGAGGAUAUUGAAAUCCGCAAUCGACUCUUCUGGAGCUGUUACUUCUGGGACAAGAUUGUAUCGUUGUAUUUCGGUCGGGCACCGGCAAUGCAGCAUUCACGAGUUAGCCCGCCGCGGAUGAUAUUGGAUGACACCUCAGAGAUUGAAAAUUGGACACCUCAUGGAGUGACCUUCCCCGAUGGAACGCAAUAUCCGCCUACGCAGGCACAUUCCACCUCGUGUUUUAUGAAAAUGUGCGGGCUGGCAGAAAUCCUGAACCAAAUCCUCGUCCAUAUUUAUGAUCCAAUGCGCCAGAGUACCGAGGCAGAAUUCUUUGAAUGUGUACAGGAGCAGGCAAAGAGCUUGAGUGACUGGUGGGAGGAACUUCCCGAAUACCUGAAGCUGGUUGCCACCGAUCUACCCCCGUAUUGCCCACCGAGCCAUAUAAUGACAUUGAACUGCUUUUAUCACACGAUCAAUAUCCUGCUCCAUCGCCCAAUCCUUUGUUCUCGGGCUUUAUUACAGACGCGGCAAGAACCAUAUGAUACGAGCCAUCUCGUCCAGUGCAUGGCUUCAGCAACUUCAAUCUUGUCUCUGUUUGAUCUAUACCGCCGAACAUUUGGAGACGCCCAUGUUGUCCUCUCUCUCGCGUACAGCAUCUACACCGCCGCUUCAAUCUUCCUGCUCGAGAUUCAGGCCUUGAAGUACGCUGCACCAGGCACACUCGACAAGCUCAAAUUCUGUAUCCUCGCCUUAGAACGAGUCAAGGUCUCCAAUCCGGUCAUGGCAACCGCCUUGAAUCUGGUCUACCAGGAACUCCAGAAGCUGCAGAUCGACAUCCACGCCCCACCGAAUCCCGAAAAGCCACAUUACCCACCCCAACCACGACCCCACUCCACUCCCCACAGUCAAUCUCCAUCCGUCAGCAGCAAUCCCUCCCGUCAUGUCUCCCCGAGUCAUCAACACCAGCGCCAACACAGUCGAGCAAUGGGCACACAACCUGGUACUCCGGCUGCCAAUACCACCGCGCCAAUGAUGUCCAGCUACACCUUCCAACAACCCGUCUCAGGCUUCGAUAUUUCGCAAUUGAACGAAAUGCCCCAGAUGCCAUCGACACAUUUGCUCGGUGGCAUGCCAAACGCUGUCAUGACUGUCGACGAUCCGCGGUCAUACGAUAUAACACCCGAGGUAUUCGAGGCGUUUUCGUAUGCGCAGCCCAUCACGACGAAUAUGACUUCUCCUUAUGAGACAAAUUGGCAUAGCCAAAGUCAGUGA